GCAACAUAUUUCCAUAAAAACCACUAUUCCAAUAUGCCCAGCUGAAAUGAGAAGUCCGUUAUGGUCUCCGUUCGUACUGUUCCGACCUCGCUCGCAACAUUUCGACUGAGCGAACAUUUGUAGACCGGCAGGGGCUAGCCGCUAGUAGUUGCACCAACCCGUUCCCCCAGUUUCGGUUGGCUCCCCUUUCGAAAUCUGUCAUCACACCGGUUGUCAAUUCAGAUCCUAGUAUAAAAAUAGUAAUAAUUUAUUCAGCAAAACGUAAUUUUCCCACAUCCGAAUGAAAUGGCAUCCGUUUUAGAACAGUUUGUGACGACUGUUAGGACCCUCUCAUCCCAUGGUUUGUACCCGAAUCGGGCAAAUUCCCGUACGAAAUGUGUGAAUGAGGUUAUGUUUGCAGGAAACUAUAAAGUUCUUUGUGAAUAUUUAAGUAAAUCGUCGGAUAUCCUCCUGAAAAACACGCAGCACUUGGACAACGUGCUCGAGACGCUCGAUCUGCAGCAGCACUCGCUCGGCUAUUUGGUGGUGUUAUGCGCUAAAUUUAAUUCAACAGUCCCAGCUAAUACGCCAGACAAUCGGUUUGCACAAGUGCAAGAGUUUAUCCAUGGCUGUAACGGAGAGCAGAUCAGACUGGCCCCCGACACUUUUGCUGAAUUAUGCCACUCUCUAACAAAUUAUCUAGUUGAGCAGAAGCAACCCAUGAAAGGGAUUCUCCUCUUACGAAAGGCCAUUUCGAAGUUGCGGUUCUUCGAUUCGCAGUUAACUUCGAUCCAUGCUGAUCUGUGCCAGUUGUGCUUAUUGGCAAAGUGCUUUAAGCCUGCUCUAGAAAUUUUAGAUACUGAUAUUACUGGAAUUUGCCAAGAGAUUGUUCAUAAUCCUAAUGGGGCCCAAUUUGAAGCAAAAUAUUUUUUAUUGUAUUACUAUUAUGGCGGAAUGAUUUAUUUAGCUGUGAGAAAUUUGGAUCGUGCUUUGUAUUUCUUUGAGGUAGCUAUAACAACCCCAGCACAUGCUGUUUCUCAUAUUAUGCUCGAGGCAUACAAGAAGUACAUUAUAGUUUCACUUUUAUUACAUGGAAAAAUACAACCAGUGCCUAAAUAUGCUUCACAAGUGGUUACUCGGUUUAUCAAACCAUUAUCUCAGCCUUAUAAUGAUUUAGCAAAUUCUUUCACUUCAAACAACACAGCGGAUUUGAAUGCUGUACUUAACAAACAUAGAGAGGCAUUCACCAGGGAUCACAAUUUAGGUCUUGUAAAACAGGUAUCCUCAGUGCUUUACAAGAAAAACAUUCAAAGGCUGACGAAAACCUUCUUAACGUUAAGUUUGUCAGAUGUGGCGAGCCGAGUCGGAUUGCCUGGCCCUUCGGAUGCCGAGCGCUACAUUUUACACAUGAUCGAAGAUCAGCAAAUCUACGCCACGAUAAACCAAAAAGACGGAAUGGUUGUGUUUAGAGACGAGCCUGAGAAAUACGGGGGCCCAGACGUGCUGAAAAGCCUAGAAGCUCAACUAGCAAUUUGUAUGGAACUUGACAAACAAAUCCUUGCAAUGGACGAAGACAUCCAAGUGAAUCCCGUCUACGUGAAGAAGUCGAGCGGUGUACAAGACGAGGAGCAGCCCAGCAAAAGUACAUACGCGAUGUAAAAAUUUCAGUUGCUCAGUGUUAUCAGUUUUCAUUUUGUACACUUGAAAUAUUUAAGCUUUUUCAUGAAGAAAGGGAAACGUCAGCUCAUUAACUUGUAAUCGAAAUUAUAACAUUAUAAACACUGUGUGUUUUUGUAGUUUAAUACCAUUUCUCAGAGACGUGUACAUUAUUUAUUUUGUGUUUCUUUAAGUAAUAACAAUUCGAGAUUUACAUUGUACUGAGGUUAUUUACAAUAAAAUACUGAUAUACUUGCUA